CUCAGCUUUGUGUUCUCUGUGAAUGACCGGCUCUUACAGGCCCCUUCCUCGCCACACCACCACAGUCUCCACGAGGAGCAGAGCUCUCCUGCUGCUUCUCUCCCUCUCGCUGGAGUUGACAUUUGCGGCGCCACGCCAAAGAGUCAGAGAGAAACCAGGAAUGUGCCCCCAAGAGAGACUCAAGUGUCAGACUAAAGUUCCGAACUUGUGUGAAGAGGAUUAUGGCUGUGAUGAACACUUGAAGUGCUGCCAAUUUGCCUGUGGGAAGAAAUGCAUGGAUCCAUACGAAGAACCCUGCAUGCUAACAUUAGAUUCAGGAAACUGUAUGCGUUUCAAUAGGCGCUGGUUUUAUGAUUUAAAACAUUUUUUAUGCAAACCUUUUAAGUAUGGAGGCUGUGAUGGGAAUACCAACAACUUCCUCAGCAAGGAAGACUGCAUGAAGGCUUGCUCAUUAACUGUCAAGACAGGACAGUGCCCACUCUUUCCUUCCAAGGACCGUAUGCAAUGUUCAACUUCGUGUAAGAGUGACCAUGAUUGCGCUGUUAAUGAAAAAUGUUGUGAAUCCAUGUGUGGCUUUGUUUGUUCCGUCGCCUGGACAGUCAAAACAGGUUCCUGCCCACAAAAACCCCCAACAUGUCUCAAGAUUGAUAAACCCAAGUGCCAGAGAGAUGAGGAUUGCCAGUUGGGAGAGAAGUGCUGCUCACGUUGUGGACUGAAGUGCCUGGAACCUCAAGCCUAGAUAGCUAUUAAUACAGAUAUUGCUUUUGUCCCUCCGGAAUUCCUUUCUAAGAGCUGAGCGCUAG